CACGCGCGGAAAGCGGAUGUUUCCACCUCGUCAACUUCCGGGUAGCGCAGUUAGCUCCCUUCUGUCAAACUAGUGACAGUUAUGAACAGCUUCCACGGCGCACGAAAAUGAAAACCGUGUUGGUGAUUCUUCUUCUCACGCCGUAUUGGGUGGAUGGAGCAAGUGCUCCGAAAACCUCCAAGGAUACUGAGCGUGAGGAGACCCCGGACUUUGGUGAACUGAACAACAUUCUGUCAGAUUAUGAAGUGCUGCCGUUGUCAGGCAUCCAGCAACACUCCGUGAGAAAAAGAGACGUCAACACCCAGUCCCACCUGGAACGACUGGUGAGCUUCAGGGCUCUGCACAGAAAUUUUAAGCUUUACUUGACGACCAACACAAAGCUUUUCACGGAAAACUUCAAAGCCGUGUUCCUUGAUAAACAUGGACAGGAAGAAAGCUACGAUGUUCCCCUGCAAAAUUAUUUUACCGGACAUCUUAUUGGAGAAGAGCAUUCGCGUGUUCAGGCCCACAUCGAUGGUGAUGACUUUUCUGCUCACAUUUUGACAGAUGAGGCAGAAUAUAACGUUGAGCCAUUGUGGAGGUUCACUGAAUCUCCUGUUGACGGGCGGUUGUUGGUGUAUCGCUCUGAAGACAUCAAAAACCUCAGUCGUAUCGCCUCUCCCAAGGUGUGUGGAUACAUUCAUGCAGAGCCCCAAGAGCUGCUGCCAGAAGAGGCUACCAGGAGCGAGCACAACAUGCAGAGUGACUCCCAGUUACCAUCAGAUCACCACAGAGAAAAGAGGCAGGUCCACGACCACCGGAAGAACACCUGCACUCUGUUACUGGUUGCUGACCAUCGUUUCUAUAAGCACAUGGGCCGAGCACAGGAGAGCGUCACUCUUAACUACCUGAUUGAGCUGAUCGAUCGGGUCGAUGACAUCUUCAGAAACACCACCUGGGGCAACGACUUCAAAGGCUAUGGAGUCCAGAUACAACAAAUCAUCAUAAACAGAGAGCCUACCAAGCCUCCUGCUGGACGACACCGCGGCAACUGGGCCCAUUACAACAUGGAGAACAGCCCGGUGAAAGGGAAGGAUGUCUGGGAAGUGAAGCAGCUUCUGGAGCAAUUCAGUAUCGACAUAGCGUCCAACUCCUCAGCCGUGUGCCUGGCCCACCUGUUCACCUACCAGGACUUUGAUGAGGGAACACUGGGCCUGGCUUAUGUAGCCCCGCCCAGGGUGAACGCCCUCGGUGGCCUGUGUCCCCAGCCAUACCAUUCAUCGUCAAGCAGGAAGCCCAUUUACCUGAACACAGCCUUGACGACCACCGUGAAUUAUGGGAAAACCAUACUCACCAAGGAAGCAGAUCUGGUCACCACGCAUGAGCUGGGUCAUAACUUCGGAGCUGAGCACGAUCCAGACAACAUCCCCUACUGCGCCCCCAGUGACGAUCACGGCGGGAAGUAUAUCAUGUACCCCAUCGCUGUGAGCGGAGACCACGCUAACAAUAAGAUUUUCUCCAACUGCAGCAAGAUCUCGGUGGGAAAGGCGCUCAGCGUCAAAGCGCCUCUUUGCUUCAAAGAGAAGAACAGCAAAGUCUGCGGCAAUUCUCGAGUGGAGGAGGGAGAGGACUGCGACCCGGGGCUGCUCAACCUCAACAUCGACGAGUGCUGCACGGCCAACUGCAAGUUCAAGCCUGGCGUUCAGUGCAGCGACAGAAACAGCCCGUGCUGCAGGAAAUGUAAGUUCAAGCAUGAGGGCGUCAGAUGCCAGGAAGCCAUCAGCGCGACUUGCAAAGGCACAUCCCACUGCCUGGGCAACAGCAGCCUGUGUCCUCAGCCAGAAAACGCGGCAGAAAACACGGUGUGUGUCGACAACGGCCGCUGUCGUAACGGAGAGUGCAACCCUUUCUGCGAAGCCAUGCAUGGCCUCCAGUCCUGUGCCUGCAGCGAAACCGAGGAUUCCUGUAAAGUGUGUUGCAGGAGCAACAGUAGCGUAUGCACUCCCUUCAUCCAGCCUGACAACAACUUCCUUUUCCUUCGCAAAGGAAAACCCUGCACCGUCGGCUUCUGUGACGGAAAUGGGAAGUGCAUGAAGCAGGUGCAGGACGUGAUCGAGCGACUGUGGGACUUCAUUGACAAGCUGGACAUCAACACGUUCGGGAAGUUCCUGGCCGACAACAUCGUGGGCUCUGUCGUGGUGUUUUCUCUGGUCUUCUGGAUUCCUCUCAGCAUCCUGGUCCAUUGUGUGGACAAACGUCUGGACAAGCAGUAUGAAGAGAACACCAAGUCCCUGUACCACCCACUGAGUCAGAUGGUGGAAGUUUGUAACCGAGCUCCCGCCGUAGAAUCACGAAAUCCGCAACGAGUCGGUGCGCAUCGUCAGGCCUCCUCAGCGUCCCUCCUCCUCCUCCGCCGGCCAGACCGCGCCCUCCUCCCUGGGCCAGCCGCCACAGCAAAGCCAGGCCGGGCUCCAGGGCUCCGCACCGAGCUACGUUCCCACCCCGGACAGCACCGCAGGGCCCUGGAUGGACACAAUCCAGGAGGACCCAAGCAGCGACUGUCACCUGGACGAGGAGGGGGGCGAUUCCACAACCGCAGGAGCCUCCUCGUCGGCUACGAAGUCCUCCUCCGCGGCUCCGAUCGAGCUGAACCCCGCCCGGGACCGCCGGCGGCUACAGAGGCAGGAGUGCGUUGACACCAAAGAGACGGAGUGUUAAACCAAAACUCACUUCUUUCUGAGUUUCAACAAACAGGAAGGGAAUGUGGCUGUUGUUUUCCUGCGAGGUGAGGAUUCUGAAAUGUUUUGGUUCUGAUGUCAAGAGUAAGUUUGGACCAGUGUUGCAGAAGACUAUCACGUGUUACAAUUUAUAGUGACUCACUACUAACAUUGUGAAAAACAUUUUAACGUUACUGUAGCUGCGUAUAUUCAACAUUUCAACUUGAACUGUUCAUGUGAAACAUGCACUGUUGCUGAAUUAUUAUAUUUAAUAUGUUACACUGCUGUGAUGGACUCAGUUAGGAUUGUCUCAGUUUGGUGCCUUGUCUCAUGUCGCUGUUUCUUUCUGGACAUAUCGAAGAAGCUUUAGUUAGUUACCUGGACCAACUUGAUUGGAUGGAUUUGUGCCAAUCAGAGCAAAAACCCACCUCGCCAGUUUUGCCUGCUACUUUUUAUUGGUCAGUAAACAACAGUCAAGACCUCUUGAAGACGAGUAUGUGAGCUGAUACAAUCAACCAUGGUCACUUUUAAAUGUGAUUUUUGUUUUUCAAAAUAAACUCUGUCGCACUUUUUUAUUCUGUUUGUUUUUUUGUUUUUUUAUGGAGAUCACGCACACUACAAAAGAUUCAACUGAACUGCCAUUCAAUGUCCUUUUAGUUUGUUUAUUGCCAAACUGUUUCAUUAUUAUUUUGCUGGUCUUUCAAAUUGUAUUUUUUUUUUCAAGUGUUUUGGAUUUUGCUUAAAACUAUUUCCUUUUUUUUAUU